AUGACGCUGUACAUGCCUUUGUUCAGAGCAAGUACGAACUUGAGACUGCUUACUCAACUUCACUCCCACCUCUUCAUCACCGGCAUGCACCAUGAUCCGCAAGCUUCCACCAAGCUCAUCGAGUCAUAUUCUCAACUGGGUUCCCUUCAUUCCUCGAGCCUCGUGUUCAGGACCUUCCAAAGUCCCGAUUCCUUCAUGUGGGGCGUGCUCAUCAAGUGCCAUGUCUGGUCGCAACGUUUCGGGGACGCCAUUUCUCUUUAUCAUGAGAUGCUCUGCUCCGGAACCUCCAAUGGCCCAUUCAUACUCCCUUCAGUUUUGACAGCUUGUGCUGGUUUUGGCGACCUGGGUGUCGGUGACAAGGUUCAUGGAAGUAUAAUCAAGUUUGGGUUUGAUACUGAUCCCGUUGUAGAGACCUCGCUCCUGGCUUUUUAUGGCCAGUUAGGUUGCCUGAAGGAUGCAAGGAAGGUGUUCGACAAUAUGCCUCUGAAAGACUUGGUUUCUUGGAGUUGCAUUAUUUCAAGCCAUGUUGAUACUGGGCACCCCGCUGAAGGCUUGGAGAUGUUUAAACUACUUUCAUCUCGUGGCAUUGAAGUUGAUGCAGUGAUGAUGCUCACCGUUGCCCAGGCAUGCGGGCAACUUGGUAGUCUGAAACUAGCUAGAUCUGUUCAUGGUCACGUAGUAAGAAGGAGAGUACAGGCUUCUGGGUCAUUAGGCGAUUGUCUUGUUCUAAUGUACAGCAAGUGUGGAGAUAUGUUCAGUGCAGAGAGUAUCUUCAGAAGUAAAGCUAAUAACAGCAUAAUAUCAAGGACCGCAUUGAUUCAUUGCUACAAUCAUUGGGGUGGGUUUGAACAAGCUGUUGAAAUCUUCCUUGAGACAAUGAGGGACAAAAUGGAGCCUAAUGUAGUUACCAUAAUGGGAGUUUUGAAUUCCUGUGGUGGAUUACAUUUACUUAGAGAAGGGAAAUCAGUUCACUGUUAUGCAAUCAAGAACAGUUUGAACUUUGAGGAGGAAAACAGUUUAGGACCAGCAUUAGUAGGGUUUUACUCCGAAUGCAAUCAAUUAACUUACAGUAGGCGAGUCCUUCAUGGGUUUGGAUGGAGGAACUUAAUUUCAUGGAAUGUGCUUAUAUCAGCUUAUGUUCAACAAGGAUUCUCAAAUGAAGCAUUUGAGCUGAUGAUGCAGAUGCAGAGGCAGGGAGGAUUAAUGCCAGACUCUUUCAGCUUGUCGAGCUCUCUAUCAGCUUGUGCCGACUCCGGGAAUUUGCAGCUCGGAUGUCAGAUGCAUGGUUACUGCAUCAAAAGACAAUUGUCUGAUGAGUUUAUCCAAAAUGCACUCGUCGACAUGUACUCAAAAUGCGGUUCUAUGGAUUCAGCAUUUCUCAUAUUCGACGCUGUCCAAGAAAAGAGCGUUAUUACUUGGAAUUCUAUGAUCACUGGAUUCUCCCAGAAUGGCAACUCGGUUGAGGCGAUACGCCUCUUUGAUCAUAUGUAUAGGAACUGUCUUGAGAUGAAUGAGGUCACCUUCUUAACUGCAAUCCAGGCUUGCUCCAACAUGGGACACCUUGACAAAGGGAAAUGGCUUCACCAGAAACUCAUCAGCUAUGGGGUAGAGAAGGACCUUUACCUUGAGACUGCUCUAGCUGACAUGUAUGCAAAAUGUGGAGACCUUCGAACAGCAAAAAGAGUAUUUAACAAAAUGCCGGAGAAAAGUGUGGUAACAUGGAGCAUCAUGAUUGCUGGAUAUGGAAUCCAUGGCCAUAUGGAUGCCGCAAUGUCGCUCUUCGAUCGAAUGGUAGAGAUGGGAAUAAGGCCAAAUGGUAUCACCUUCAUGAACAUUCUAUCUGCUUGCAGUCAUUCUGGACAUGUGGAUGCGGGGAAGUUUUAUUUCAGAUUGAUGGAAAAUUACAGCAUAGAGCCCAAUUUAGAGCAUUUCGCUUGUCUGGUUGACCUCCUGAGUCGAGCUGGUGAUGUCGAUGGAGCUUAUGGAGUUAUCAACUCCAUGCCGUUCCCUGCAGAUGCAAGUAUCUGGGGCGCUUUAGUUAACGGCUGCAGGAUUCAUCAUAGGAUGGACAUAAUUCAGUUCAUUCAAAGGGACCUUCUGGAUGUGACUACAGAUGACACGGGUUAUUACACUUUGCUAUCUAAUAUUUAUGCAGAGGAAGGGAAAUGGGUGGAGUUUGGGACGGUGAGGUCGAAGAUGGAAAGAACGGGUCUGAAGAAGGUACCCGGUUACAGCACGAUUGAACUUGGCAACAAAAUAUACAGAUUCGGAGCAGGAGACACGUAUCAUUGGCGAUUUAACGAGGUCUGCAGCUUUUUAGAGAACUUCCCGAGCUUGGCACGGCCUCAGCAAGGAUGCAGUGUGUUUGCAAAUCCUUCAAAUGAAUCUUUUAUAUUUCCUGAAUACCAUGAAUGA